AUAGCAGCACAGUUUGUGGUGACGCCCGCGAGUGUACGGACCGAUUCGGAAGAACGGUAGUGCCGCUGCUGCUGCUGCUGCUGCUGCUAAACGGUGGGUGACGAUAUUGGCCAGUGGCGUGGUGCGUUCGCUAAUUACACACGACCGCAUCAACAAACCGCCCACCCCGCACUCCGGAUCUGGAAAGGGAGAGUCUCCUACUGCUCCCAGGAGAGCCACAACCGAGCGCCCCCCCAAAGUCCCUAUUACUCGAUUCCCAGAGCGCACUCCCGAAGGACGAAAACACCAAAAUGGCCCCAAACGUAUCCGACAGUACGGCGACCGUCGCGCGCUGCGCCGCUGAUGAGACCGUGAACGCUGAUGACCACGCGCCCUCCAGCGCUGACCCCCGAACAGGCCGUUCUCGGAAACGGAUAGAAACGAUUCCGGCCACCACCACCACCAUCAGUGACCGGAACAACAACACCAGUAAUGACUGUGAUUACGUGGCCGCGAGUGAGGCCCCGUUCCGGGCACAGAUACGGUGGCCCGAUUUUAUGGCCCAACUUUUCGUGCACACCGGGUUCGUGAUCGGGUUGGCGUUGCUGGUGACACUGCAGGUCAAGCUGUACACAUUCCUCUGGACCCUUCUCCUGGUGUGGGCCUCAGGCAUCGGUAUAACGGCCGGAGCCCAUCGGCUUUGGUCGCACAAAUCAUACAAAGCUCGAUGGCCGCUCCGGUUACUGCUAAUGUUCCUAUUUACGAUUUGUGGUCAGCGUGAUGCUUACACCUGGGCCCACGAUCAUCGCGUUCACCACAAAUACUCGGAAACGGAUGCGGAUCCACAUAAUGCAAAGCGAGGAUUCUUUUUCGCCCACGUCGGUUGGGUGUUCCUAACGCCCCACCCGGAGGUCGUGGCCAAGCGUAAGAUCAUCGACAUGAGUGACCUGGAGGCGGAUCCAAUCGUAAUGGCCCAACGGCGCUACUACAUUCCCCUGUUUGCGCUACUCGUCAUCGCCAUGCCGGUCCUCGUACCGUACUACUACUGGGACGAGCGAUUUUGGGUCGCGUUCUGGGUAUGCUUUACCCUUCGCUUCACCACCACGCUCAACAUUGCCUUCUUCGUGAACAGUGUGGCGCACAUGUUCGGUAACCGGCCGUACGAUAAGAGCAUCAGCCCCGUGGAAAACCUUGCUGUUGCGAUCGCAGCGAUGGGCGAAGGGUGGCACAACUAUCAUCACGUCUUUCCGUGGGACUACAAAACCAGCGAACUCGGCAGCUAUGUGUUCAACAUUACCACCGCCGUCAUCGAUUGCUUUGCCCGGCUCGGGUGGGCCUACGAACGUAAAUCGGUACCGGCGGAGGUGAUCGCUCGAAGGGCGGCAAAGUGUGGCGAUGGCACGCGCUUCCUUACCGACGAGUACGCCCAUCAGGAUGCUGUUUGGGGUUACGGUGAUCACGAUCUACCACCGGAAGAUGUUGCGGCCAUCGUGCAGGAACAACAGUAGGUGCCGUACGGUGCAACAACCCCCGGCAAGAUACUAGAAGACGUCAUGCGUUAAUGCGUAGCGGAACUUGCUUCCUGUCCGAUGUAACCGAAAACCUGUUCCGAUGCGGCCUCGUAAACUGGCUCCAGUUUAACGGCAUUGGCAUCCCACUCGCUGCCGCAUUCGAAAAUGCUCUCGCAUAUUGUUCCUGCAGAAACCUACUCCAAUACUACUCCCAGACUCACCAUGCCCUCACCAGGACCGAAAGCUGCUCGGUUCUCUGUACCCUUUCUGUGCGAAUGACCGACAAAAGCCACCACCUCCACCGAACUUGAACAUGCACCUCCAGCAGCUGCAGGCGCGCGAGCUGCAGAUCUGUUACAUACGCGCAAUCUAACGCAUGUGCAGUUUAUGUGAGAUCAAAAACCUGGCAGUCUCCCAACCAGUAAAUCCGGUUUGGAACCCAAAGAUGCAACCGGAAACGAAGAAAAGGGAAAGGAAAACGGAAAAAAUGGACACGCUGGCUUUUGCAUCAGCUCGCCACAGCGCGUGUGAUCAUUAAAUGAUCAUGUGGUAAUGAAAGUAUUGCGCGUUUGCUUGAUAUUCAUUUUGCUGCAUUUUGGUUCGUUCCAACGCUGGAACUUUUCGUUGCCCGUUUUUUGUUUUCCCGAGCGAUUUUGCCAACAACAAAACCAAAGGCCUUAGCUUAGCGAUACGCAUCAACUAUCUGCAACACACUGGGCCACGAAACUGUUGAUCGUACUCUUGACACGAUAAGAAGGUUCACCGAAGUGCCUUACAAUGCUGCCCAAAGAGUGCCACCGAGAGCGGUGUGCUUGUGUGUGACACAGCUAGCGGCCGAUGCGCGCCUUUCAGUCUUUAUAGAACUUGGCUUGGUAUUCCCCCUUUUACUGAAACCGGAAUCGAUACGUCACGAUACGGCACUCCGAACGACAUAAACAAAACGAUGCAGGCGUAGGGUGAUUUUCCAUUUACGGGAAUUAAAUUAACAUUCGAUUGAAUAAAAGAUCGUCACUAUUUAACGCGACUAUUCCGAUCGUCGGCAUCGGUAAUGCAUCAAUGGUGGCGUUUUCCGUUUAGCAAACCGAUCAAAGUCCCUCCGUAAGGUGCGGGUCAAGUUUCCUGGGUCAACCAAAACGGGCUAAGAAGUAACCCCGGCCCGUUGGACCACAUUGUCGUCACAGAGCGAGUGCUUGGAACUGCUGCUAACUAUUUACAAUAAACUAUAUAUGGUUAAAUCUCA